UGAUUCAUUAGUUGUACCAAGACCAAAGGGUCCAUGUUUUGCUAAAACACCUGUCCAGAUACUACCAGAUACUGUAAUUGAUCAAAUAGUAACUUGGAGAGCAGAAAAAUAUCAAGAUGUAUUAAAUAAAAAUGGAAAGGUUACAAAUCAAUAUAAAGAAGUCUUUAUAUUAAGAGAAUUGGAAGAAAUAGACAAAUAUGAUAUUCUCCAGUUCAUAAAUUAA